GAAAAGUCUUUUAAUUUGUCCCCAAAAAAAUUGUGGGUUUUAGCUUGUGAUCUUUAGUGGGUGAAAGUAGCGGCUCUCCUUGUGAGGUUGAAUAUUGUUCCAAAAUGGCGGUUGCUGCAGUACCGAAUGCCUUCCAGGUGCUCAUUGAUGAGCAAAUCCGCGACAAGGCGGACCCAGUGAAGGUAUGGACUUUUGUGGCAAGUGUUGACUCUAAGUUAGAAAAAUAGAGUUUUUCUUUGUGGAAAAGUAUAGACUUUGUUCUUUUUUUUUGACAUUAGUUCUGUUUCAUUUUGUUUCCUUUUUGAUUAUUUCAGGUGCGUGCGAUUAAGGAAGUUAUCCAGACGCAAUUUGGAGUCCUGGUUGGGAAUAUCUCUCAGAAGGAUCUCGGUGACAUCGAGUUGUUUUGCCAACUUGGGUCUUUGCACGAGCGCAAGUUUGGCCCUGCUGACAAGAUCAUGGAUUUGGUGUGCAAAGAUGCUGUCGCAGUUGUCCUGUUUGGUGGGUACUUACCUCCGAUUGAAGCUGACGAGGAGAAUGGUCAGCCCGCCCGUCCUGCUGGAGUCGAUUUGGGGCAAGUGAUGGCUGCUCAUCGUGUCGUUGCGGAUUUGUUGCAGGUAGUAAUUUUGUUUUUGGUAUAAAAGACGUCAGCGUGAGUAGAUGGAUGAGAAGAAAAGUUUACCUUGAUUCGCGAAAGGUGUCCCCUCUUAUAAUUCUUAUUUGUCUGUAAAAUUUUAGGUUUUCGCGGCUCCGAAUCUGGCCAAAGUCUCUGACGAUAUCAAGAAAAAGGCUUUGGAGGCGGUUUAUUCGAAGAACAUUCAGCGUUUAGCGGGGACAAAUAUGAUCGGGGGCCUCAACUAUUAUCAGC